UGUCUCCCCCACACCAGGUACAUAGUGUUUGAAGGAGAAGAAGGCCAGGAUGCUGGGGGCCUUCUCCGAGAGUGGUACAUGAUCAUCUCCCGAGAGAUGUUUAACCCCAUGUACGCCUUGUUCCGGACCUCACCUGGUGACCGGGUCACCUACACCAUCAAUCCCUCUUCCCACUGCAAUCCCAACCAUCUCAGCUACUUCAAAUUUGUUGGACGCAUUGUGGCCAAGGCUGUCUAUGACAACCGGCUUCUGGAGUGCUACUUCACCAGAUCUUUCUACAAGCACAUCUUGGGCAAGUCAGUCCGGUACACAGAUAUGGAAAGUGAGGACUACCACUUUUACCAGGGCCUGGUUUACUUGCUGGAAAAUGAUGUUUCCACUCUUGGCUAUGACCUCACUUUCAGCACUGAGGUUCAAGAGUUUGGAGUCUGUGAGGUUCGGGACCUCAAACCUAAUGGAGCCAACAUCCUGGUAACUGAAGAGAACAAGAAGGAAUAUGUGCACCUCGUGUGCCAGAUGAGGAUGACAGGAGCUAUCCGAAAACAAUUGGCAGCCUUCUUGGAGGGUUUCUAUGAGAUCAUCCCCAAGCGCCUCAUCUCCAUCUUCACAGAGCAGGAGCUGGAACUUCUCAUCUCGGGCCUGCCCACCAUAGACAUCGAUGACCUGAAAUCCAACACAGAGUAUCACAAGUACCAGUCCAACUCCAUCCAGAUUCAGUGGUUCUGGAGAGCCCUGCGUUCUUUUGACCAGGCUGACCGUGCCAAGUUCCUCCAGUUUGUGACCGGCACCUCCAAGGUGCCUCUCCAGGGUUUUGCAGCACUUGAGGGCAUGAACGGCAUUCAGAAGUUCCAGAUCCACCGAGAUGACAGAUCCACAGACCGGUUGCCUUCAGCCCACACAUGUUUCAAUCAGCUGGACCUGCCGGCCUAUGAGAGCUACGAGAAGCUGCGCCAUAUGCUGCUGUUGGCCAUCCAGGAGUGCUCGGAAGGCUUCGGGCUGGCUUAGACCCAAGGGUCUGCCGCUGCCACCCUGUUACUUUUAUCUACUGUCAGACUUGGGGAUAGGGAGUGGAAAAAAAGCGGGGAAACCCUUACACACAAGACCCCACAAAAAACGUUUUACAAACCUCAGAAGGAAACUUAAGCAGUAAUCAACCAACCGCCCAGCCCUUGUCCUGCCCCUUCCCCAGUGCGCUCACCCCAAGCUGGCAGCGGCUGCCCCCCGGGCCCUGCAACUCCCUUGGAAAAUUAGCUGUGUUGAAACUUGAAGCAUUUGGAUGGGGGAAGAAGCGGAAAAAUUAUAUAUAUAUACAUAUAUAUAUAUAUAUAUUUUUGGUUCUGUUUGCAUUUCUUAAUUCGUGCUUGGAAUGUGUUGGUGCGCACAUUUAUGAGUCAGUGGGAGGGGAUCAGCAUCGGCCUCCCCGGCUCCAGGUGAGGGUUACAAUAAAGCGUUCUUGGCAAGA